CAUGCUAAAAUAAUUUUAGCUAACCACGUAGUGUGUAAAUUGUAUUGCUAACGUGGCUGAAGCAGACGCUACAUCAUAGCAACCAUUCUGCCCAUCAUCUGUUUGCCUGCUCGAAGAAGUGUUCCCUCAAAAUAGUGUUGUUAAUUAGAACAGCAGCCACAGAUAAAAACGGCUCAUUAAAUAAAGAAACGCGAAAACACCGUUGUGGGGGAAGAAAUCUUCACCUCGCACCAUCACACCGCUCAUAACCUUCCAAGCGUGCCAAGCUGGAUAAUUCAAUUGUAAAUCGGUACCUGAGCGCCGCGGACGACGACUUCGUAUACUGUGUGGAUCUAGACAUCCGGCGCUUCAUCGAGCGGGCCAACCCAAAGGCUGUGCUGAUCUUUCCACCGUUCAGCAGCUACCGCCGGUUUCUGAUCCACAGGGUGUGCGCAAGUCGAUCGUUCAGCCAGCAUGAUAUCGUAACGUUCUCCAUCGGGAUCGGUGACGAACGGCGCACGGUCGUGUGCUUUAGACAUCAGCUACUCCAGGACAUCAAGGCGAUCAACGGAAAACGCUUCGAGGAAUCGGCCGGCGGUACAUCAGCGGCCAAACCUCAUUACGCCAGCUGGCGUAGUUCAACGACACCACCGACAGCGUCCACCAGUACCGUCAUCACUACAAGCAACAGCUGGGGAGCAAGUAGUGGCGCGAACGUUCACGCAACUAGCAGCACCACUACAAUCUGCAGCAUCGGCAACAGUUCGCUGGUGGGUGGAGGUAAACGUGCCAAAGGACGCGACGUUGAGAGGGACGGACAGAACAGCAUGGGUACGGACACGAUUCUACAGGGUGGUGGCGGGACUGCUGUCCAUCAACAACAACGACAACCACACGGUACAACAUCCACCACCACUCAUCAACGAUCACCGUAUCUGAUCGACGAGGAUGCUGCGUAUGGCGAUGCGAUGAAAGACUCAUCGCCCCACACGGACAGCGUCGAACACAGUCAUCACCAGCAGGAACAGUCACCUUUCGUCAACGGUGUGAAGUUCCCGCCCGUGGUUGGAAUUUAUCGUCCACCGGCGGCAAGGCGUGCUCUGAAUCUAGCGGAAAACAUUGUGCAUCAGCUUGCGCCACCGGCGGCCUGCGAGCAUCCGAACGAUUAUGGUCAUUUAACGCUGUCCGCCCAACAUUCACCGGCAACUGAUCAUCAGCAAGUGCAUCUGUUGCUACAUACAGCUGCAGGUGACGGUAGUGAACCGGAUAAGAUAUUAACCGCACCAGAUUCCAGAGAAGGCCAUCCACUCCGAAAGGACAAGCCGGGUACAUGCGAAAAAACUAGUCACGCCGGACAGGAAACAUUGCAAUCGUUAUCUCGGGCGAGUGUUCCGGAAUGUACCGGGCAGAUAGGAAGUAACGACAGUACCGGAAACAGUUGCAGUAGGAACAGUAUCGGAGUUGCACCUCCAAGUGCAAGGAUCAACCGUCCUGCUCGAGAAAGACGUCCAGAUCGUGCUGUUUAUGUUCCACGUGCACGUCGUAGCUUAACUACGCCUCCGGUCGCAACCGCUCAGUCACAAUCUUCACCACCAGAAGCUACCGAAGGGAAUGUCGCGAAAGUGAGCACAUCUCCAACGAAGGGUUUAUUGGACACGGCAUCUAAUAGAGUGCAGCUUCCUGAGCCGGAACAAGCUGCAAUAUCACUAACCUCAUCAGUGUCUUCCAAAGAAGUCGUUAAAUUAAAAGACGGCAAACGUAAGCUGUCGGAAUUACCAUCAGCUGGAGAACUGCAAAGUGGCAUUACUGACACACUAGCCUGUGAUACUGUGAUAGAAGCUCCGUUACGCACCCUUGCUACCGACGGUGGUGACGGUGAGGUUUCAUUAGAAUCGUUGAAGAAACGGGGCCAUAGUUUUGAGGAACAGCAGGAACUUCAGCGAAUUGCUGUAGAAUUGGUUGAGGCGAAAGGAGAUAGAGAAUCUUUAGCGAUUUCCCCAUUCUAUCGAAACAAACAUAAAGAAGAGAGCCUCGAGCGAAAUUGUGGCAACAUCAAUACCAGACCGGAAGAAGAAGUUUCUAAGGAGAAUUCUGACUGCACCCCUAAACCAGUCGCCACCACCAUGCAUCGCAACAACCAACGUAAUCGUAAUGCGCGCAAUACGACUUGCAACACCACGCAAGCACCACUUGCCACCGGUAUGCUCAUCACCGAUUCCAACGAGACAGAAAAAAUUGAUCGCGAUGAGAAGGAGUUGCGGCGUGCCUCGCAGGAGAUCAAUCGCAGCAACCGGCGUAUUAUGAAGCAGACGUUCAACUCGGAUGUACUGGAAAUUGGUGAUCCUGCACCAGCUCCACAGAAACCGGUAAAGGUUAAGCGUGCACCUGCAGCCGUUGUGACUGAAGGUGUUGAAGGGCAGAAGAAAAAAGUGGCCGCAGCAACGGAAGCAGUUUCCAACGGCAAAACGUCAAAGAGUGAAGUGGCGACGACUGCUGACGAUGGCGAGGAGGAAGCGGACGAUUGGGAAUCAAUGUACGACGAUAAUGGCGAUUGUUUAAAUCCAAAAAUGCUCGAAGAACUAACGACGGCUGUGGGGAAAGUGUCGAUUGAAGCGCCCCAAUCAGAUUAUAAGCUGUUUGAAACGAAGCAGGCUGUGCUGAAUGAAGAGGAAUUUCCACACGUGCUGGAAGUGUCAAACUUUCCCGCUGAAUUCAAGACGCAGGAUUUGAUGAUGUUGUUCUCCCAGUACAAGGAAACCGGAUUCGACAUCAAAUGGGUCGACGAUACCCACGCGUUGGCUGUGUUUAGUAGCUCUAAGAUUGCUGCCGAAGUACUCACUGCAGGUCUUUCGUUUGCACGUGUGAAACCACUUGCCGAAGCAACGGCAGAAUCGCGAUCGAAGGCUCGCAAGUGUUCCAGCUCAUUACAGCCGUACCGUGCCCGCCCGGAAACGUGUGCCGCAAUGGCACGAAGGAUGGUGACGUCGGCGCUCGGCGUGAAGCUAAAAACGGCACCGGAAGAACGGGAAAACGAACGUCGACUCCUGCGUGAAGCCAAAGAACGAAAAAGACUCGCUGCGAAGCAACGUGAUGAGGUAUGGGACAGCUAGUGCUGCGGCGCUAUGAGAAGCUUUACACGUUCGCCGGACCUUCACCGAAAACCUUUUGCAGGUUGAAACGUUACGAUUGAGCUGCCACGGUUGCCAUAUCUGAUAAGAAGGGAUAGUGUAAUUUUGUUUAAAUGGUAAUAGAUCUUGUGAGACCGUUUUAUGUUAGUGUGCCAACUGCACACAAACGUUACCGAGAGCAAGUUUGGGAAUUGCCAAUUCUGUGGGUAUUUUACGUCCCCGGAACUGUGUAGCUGUGUGUGCAUGUGAGGUGCAGCGUAUUUGUGUAUGCAUUUUUAUUUUGUAUUUUCGUUUUGAAUCCUAUGGACGCAAUUUGUGCGAGGAUAGUCAAGCGUGUUUGAUAAAUAUAUAUUUAAACCAUACCGGAAUAGGACCACUUGCGAAACGAAACAGUACAAGCAUGUUAACGCCAAGGGGCAGGAAAUAUUUUGUAUAAUUGUACUGGGUAUGUAGCAGGUGUUACACGACACGCUCGGUGUGGGUUUAAAACGCAUACGCGUUCUGCCUUCAAACAUUGUAAUUUACUUUCCAACCGUAUGCAAGUAAUUUGAGUAAUUCAAGUCACCACACACACAUAACUAAUUAUGAAAUGCAGGCUGCCAAGACAAUGGAUGGCAGAAUCAAAUAAAAAAUGUGUGUUAGGGUGAUGACCAUCAUCGGUUUGUAUUAGAAAUAUGAAAGUUUAGUUUAUUGUCCCUAUACAUUGUGAAAGACGAGAGAGAACGACGUUAUGAUUGGAUGAAUGAAUCAAAAGUUAAUACAAAUAGGAUACGGAUGAUAGCACACCUGAAUCCCUUAUAUACAAAAUGUGUAAGGAGCGGGCGAGUGGCAUAUUUUGCCAGUUCGCUCGCCACAGUGUUUAUAUCUCUUAUUUACAAAGCAAAAUAACCGCGAGAUAUGGUCCUAAUAAAGAAUCUA